UAACAAGGAAUCAUCAUUUUCAAGAAUUUUGAAUUUUUUUUUCAUGUUGAAAAUGAUGUGUUUUUGGAUCUAAGUCGAUUUGAUUCAUUGUUUGCUUGUGAUUGUAUUUGGGUUUUUAUUGAAUUGGUGGUGAUCUCUUGUUUUUUUUUUUUUUCUGAAAAUUUUGAUUUGGGUGGUUGAAGAAAAAAAAAGGUGGGGGGAUCCAAUCUGUUUGUGAAAAUUCCAGUGUGAAAAAUCGAAAACCAUGGCGAGAGGUAGAGGAGAUAAAGAAGAUGCUGAGAAGUACACUGGUUUGCUUAAACUAGUUCAAGUUCUGUCGUUUUUGGUUGUCUUCGUCGCUGGAAUCAUCAUCGGAUUAGCUACCAGUGCUCAUAUAAAUACUUAUUUCUCUUCUCAAGCACAGCUUUUUUCAACUUCGACGGUCACUUCAUUUCAAGUAUCGAGUAACAAAGCCAACUGCAAUCAAACUCAAGCCCCAUGCCCAGAGAUUGAUUACCUUUCAAUGGAUGCUUUUAUUCAUCCAAUGAAUUUAACACAUAAAUUAUCAGAUGAUGAGUUGUUUUGGAGAGCUUCAAUGAUGCCUUAUAAAAAAGAGUACCCAUUUCCAAGGGUACCAAAGGUGGCUUUCAUGUUCCUUACUAGAGGUCCUUUGCCUUUCAUGCCUUUAUGGGAGAGGUUCUUUAAGGACCAUGAAAUUUUUUUCUCUAUUUAUCUACAUACACCUCCUGAUUAUUACCUUAAUGUCUCUACUAGCUCUCCUUUCUAUGGAAGACAGAUCCCUAGUCAGCGUGUGGAAUGGGGGUCCUUUUUACUUGCUGAUGCAGAGAGGCGGUUACUAGCCAAUGCACUGCUCGACUUCUCAAACGAGCGAUUCAUUCUUCUUUCCGAGAGCUGCAUCCCAGUCUAUAACUUCCCAACUGUCUACAAGUAUCUCAUUGGUUCUACCUACAGUUUCGUUGAAUCAUACGAUGAUCCAACCCGCUAUGGUCGUGGUCGGUACAACCGUAAGAUGCUUCCUCACAUUAAGCUCUAUCAAUGGCGAAAAGGAUCCCAAUGGUUCGAGAUGCAACGUUCAGUUGCAACAUACAUUGUCUCAGACACCAAGUACUACAACCUUUUCAAGAAGUAUUGUAAGCCCGCAUGCUAUCCUGAUGAGCAUUACAUUCCAACUUACCUGAACAUGUUCCACGGAUCAUUGAAUGCAAAUCGGACCAUAACCUGGGUCGAUUGGUCAAUGGGAGGCCCUCAUCCAGCAAAAUAUGAGGGAGUUAAUGUCACAGAAGGUUUUAUACAAUCCAUAAGGAAUAACGGAACGCUUUGUUCGUAUAACGAUGAGCUAACAUCGGUAUGUUAUCUCUUUGCUCGAAAAUUUGCUCCGAGUGCAUUGGAGCCUUUGCUCAACCUCAGCUCGACUGUGAUGAACUUUUGAGAGAUUAAAUCAGGCAAUGGUUGAAAUUCCUUUCCUCCCCAUUGAGUAAUCAUUUAAUUUUUUAGGGAAGUUUCCAGAUUUUUACAGGCUCCUA